AUGUCAGAAACACCUACCACCAGCUGGAUAGAUAAACAGGGCAAUUCUCCCCUUCCUAUAUGGGCACUCUCUGGAUUAACCUUUGCUGCUGUACCCAUGGCUGUCAAAAAGGCACCCGGAGUGCCUUCUCUACUGCAGUCCAUGGCAUUUGGUGCAAUCUUUGCUGCUUGGUGUCUUUCAUGGACGUUUCUUAAUGCUAAGCGUGCUGUGCUUUCUGGAAAACCAUUUCCUUUAUUGAUGGUUGCCGCCGUGGCAGCUGAUACAGCAAUUUAUGGUAAAAAAUACCUUCAAGUGAAUGGUUACUUGGCAUGA